UCUAUUUCUUACUUUUUCCAGGUCACGUUUUCAAAAAUCCCGAACAAAUUAUGGUGAAGCUCGAGCCUGGAAUAAUCGCCAAAGGAGAGGAGGUUGACAACGGCUGCGUGGUGCGAGCGCGCGGAUUGCCAUGGAUGAGCUCGGAGGGAGAGAUCGCUAAGUUCUUCAGAGGCCUCAACGUCGCCAAAGGUGGAGUUGCCCUCUGCCUGAGCCCACAAGGUAGACGUAACGGCGAGGCUCUCAUCAGGUUCCUGACGAGCGAGCACCGCGACAUGGCCUUACGACGACACAAGCACCACAUGGGCGGCCGCUACAUCGAGGUCUACAAAGCUACCGGCGAGGACUUCAUAUCUGUUGCUGGAGGAAACAACAAUGAAGCAACGCAGUUCCUGGCGCGUGGCAAUAUCAUCAUUCGUAUGCGAGGUCUGCCGUACGAUUGCACUGCAAAACAAGUCGUUGACUUCUUCGAUUCAGGCGAGAACGCCGUAAAGCUCCUCGACAACGAAGAUGGCGUGUUGUUCGUGCGUAAGCCGGACGGGCGAGCCACAGGCGACGCGUUCGUAAUGCUGGCUGUAGAAGAGGACGUUCCUAAAGCGCUUACGAAACACCGCGAACUGAUCGGCAGCAGGUACAUCGAACUCUUCAGGUCUACGUCAGCUGAGGUUAUGAACAGAUCGAUGGACAUCAGACACAUGGAGACCCAGCAGCAGCAACAGACGCAACCGCAGCUGCCACCUCUAAUAGCGCAGUUACCCACACUGCAGCCACUCCUGACUCAGCAGUCAGCUGUGCCUAUGGGCGCCAAGCGCGACUGCAUCAGGCUUAGGGGACUGCCGUUUGAGGCUUCCAUUGAGAACGUGCUGGACUUCCUGGGUGAUUAUGCAAAACACAUCAUCUUCCGUGGCGUACAUAUGGUCUACACGACGGCUGGCCAGCCUAGCGGCGAAGCAUUUAUUCAGAUGAUGAGUGACCACGCGGCGUGGUCAUGCGCCACCCACCGCCACAACCGCUACAUGCAAUUUGGCAAAAAGAAUAGAUACAUAGAAGUGUUUCAGUGCUCAGGCGAUGAUAUGAACUUCGUAUUAUCGGGCGCCGCUCCCCCAACCUCACAAACUGUAACCUCUGCUCCAGCGCCAGGUCGCUCCAUCGUACCCAGUGCAGGCGGUAUGUUGGUGUGGGGUAAUGCGGCAUCCCCAGGUGCUCCCCCACCUCCCCUUAUAUUACCAUCACAACAUCCCACACACUUGCAAAAUCCUCCACUCGCAUCUCUUCCUCCUCCAUCACCUACUCCUAAUUACCUGCAGCCAAUGUCUGCAGCUGCUGCUGCUGCUCAUGUUGCAGCUGCUGGUGUUAGACCUUCCUUCACUCCAGGGUUGCCUGCUGGUCUGCAACACACUCUCCUCCCUCCUCCCACUAAUGGUAUGGCUAUGCUUUCUCAUCUUCAUCCUUCCAUGAAAGCGUCAUCUCAGGUGCUUCUUCCAUCGCCCAUGUCGGUGGGACCUCAUCGCUCUUCACUUGAGGUUUCGGUUUCCCAGGCUUCUCACUCAGUGUUGUCUUCACUUAAAACCACCGCGGCUUCUCCAACCAGCGCUUUCCCUCCAGGAAUGUUUGCUUGCUACCAAGCACCUACUUCUUCCUCGUCGCAAACGCAUACGACUGGAAUGUUUCUUAUCCAUCAGCCGAACCCUAAACUGCCGACUCCUCCCAGCAACUUGCCGAUAUCGCCUCCCCUGCAUUUCUUCUCGGCAUUCCCUCCUACCGUUUCUGCUGAUUCCAACUCGAACAAACCUUCGUCUCAAAUGCAGUUGUUGCCGUCCCCUUACCCCAACGCUCUGUCCCAUCAACGUCGUCCACCACCCGUGGUUGUAAGCGCUUCCGGCCCAUCCGUCGGAGCGCAGUCUGUCACGUCCAAAAGGUCUUACGAAGAAGCUUUUUCUUCCGAUCGCGCUUCUGCGUCCGGUUCUUUGCCUGGUGGAGUCAAACGCCCUUCAACGGGCACUUCCUUGCACUCGAGUCUUCCUCCUCGACAGGCAAUGCCUAUUUUCUCUCAGAGUUCAACCGCCUUUUCCCCGCAGCUUAGCGCCUUUGCGGCCGCAGCCCCUCAGUUUGCUUUCGCUCCGGGCACCUCUUUCACCCCGAGUGCGUCUUUCACUCCAGGAGCUGCCUUCAACCCAGCCCUGACAGCCCCUCCUAUGGGAGCAUCGAUGAUUAAUGCUUUCUACCCGCCUCCUCUUUAUCACCCUAUGUAUCCCUUACCAAAACUUGGUUGUGAACCUUUCCCCUCGUGUAGCGCUUUAUUAUCCACGUACGGAGCCUACCCUCUGGCCCCCGCGGCGGUUUUCAGUCAUACCCUCGCCCCAGCGGCACCCAGACUAGCACCAUACCCCACACCCAUAGCCACUCCGUACCCUAUGUUCUACUGGCCAUACCCCAGCCCUCCAGUGUCGCCUACUUCAGCGUACUAUUCUUCGCUGCCCCCACACACUAUCAUCCCGAGCGAAUGCAUCCCGAUUCACGCCCCCGUUGAGCUCACCAUGCAUCCCGGGGAGGCCGUCGCGACGAUGUGAACUGAGGCUGGGGUAACAGUGGCAUGUCAUCCCUUCCACAAGUGGGAUGAAGCUCGGAGGGAAGAGAACUGCCUUCGUUACUACUACUCUGCUGUCCAUAGAACGUUUAAAUAAAAAUAUUAACUCUUCAAUCCGUUGCUAAGGACUUGAGAAUAUUACAACAUACGUUUCACAUAAAUUACGCGUUUCUGAAAGAUUCAGAGUUUAAGGUGCAAUGAUAAUAUAGCCUAAUGAUAUAGUGAAAAAUUUCCCAGGCGCACCUCUGUCAUAUUCGCACUAAAUAGAUUUUAAGAUUACACUUCAAUUGAUCUAAUUAUCUUUUUAUAUAGUAAAUAGCACCACAUAAGCAUUUCACUGCCGCGUGUAGGAGGCUGGAUUGGCGUCGGCCCUCUAUUACAAUAAAAACUUGAAAAAUUAUCACGAGAGUUGUUCACUUGAAUCAAUCCUCUAAAGUGAAAGAGGUCUGAAUAUUAAGCAUGAGCAUUAUUUUGACUAUUCCGUUCACACUCGAGCAAAACAUUCUUUCCUAGAAAUCGUGACAUUUAUACCUACUUUCCGUGUUCAGUAAAAUCAAUUCAAUAUUACAAUGCUAUAUUUACUGGCGGUUGAAGUAUCCUGCAUAUGCUAAAAUUCUGUAGAUUUUAUUAUUUAAUUUUUAAUUAAUUUUUUUACUUCAGUGCAAUCAAGUCAUUUUUUUACAUUUAUGUUGUUUAAUCAGCAAGAAACUACAGUCAUCUUUGGUGUAAUCUGUUUAAAAAAAAACUUUCAGUUUGGAGAUGAUUAUUUUAUAAUCAUUAUUUUUUAAAUGAACUUUUGAAUGAUCUUGAAGCGAAUUGAUCUGUCGCACGCACACUCGAUUCAUUCAUAUUUCGAUGAGUUAAUCAAUUGAUGUUAAUGAGUAAAUGCGUCAGUCAUUCUUUCUAUUGCUGACGAUGAAGUCGCACCGUCCAGAAAAACCGGUUUUCCGGCCACGGGGAUUAAAUCAUUCAAGUUGUAAACAACUGACUUGACAACCGUGCAAUUCUACUGGAAUUCCUGUAAAUGUGUAUUUCUGUAAGCGCACUUCUGUCGUUUGCGUCAUUUAGUUAUUCUCUAGUAAUUUUCUAAUGGAUUCGCCAGCGAUAGUAUCCCGGAUCACUUUAUUGUCUAGGAUUUUCUCAAAAAGUCGGAAAGACGACAUUUUUUUUUUUU